AAGCAGCAACAACCAAAGACCGACCCCAUCUCAAUAUUUGAGCAUAAAAUAUAUCAAUAUCGUAUUCUUUUUUUUUUGUAUAUUGCGUCUUUUAUAUGCUCCCUGAUUCGCACCAAGUUGAAAACAUUUUUUGGUGAAAAGUGCAAAAUAACAAAUACGUGCCAAAUCUAGAAACAAUAUAAAUAUACAUAUAUAUUUUUUUUGUAAACUUGUCUUCUUGUUGUUGUUGCAACGACAUAAACAAUUCGCGCCGUGUGUGUGUUUAGAGAAGCGCGCGUGUAACUCUGUGAGAGUGCGAGAGUGUGUGUGCCGGAAAAGUUCUCAACACUUUUCCUUUCACUUUGUCUUAUUUUUUUUUAAUCGUUGCGCGCACGCUAGCGUGAUUUAUUUACCUACGUCAAGAUGACCACCAAAAUGGCAAUUAAUGCUAAGGAUAUUUUCCGCAACCAGCAUCGUUUGAUACGCUUCAUCGAGCAGUCGAUUCGUUUGUGCAGCAACCAAUCCCUCAAGACUGCCCAGCAGCAACAGCAGAAGGCAUCCACGCCCGACUUUGAGAUUACCGCAUCGGUCAACACACAAUACACACACGCACCGGAGCCCAUCAAGCAUGACAAGGAUCUGGGACACAUGUUCAAGGCAUCACAGAUGGCCGUCCGCUUGGCCACACCGCAACAGCUGCAACCGAAACCCGACAACGAUGAGGAACUUGGCUUUGGCAAACUGUUCACGGAUCACAUGCUCAAGAUCUACUAUCACAAAAGCUUGGGCGGAUGGCAGAAACCAGAGAUUACGCCCCUCGAGAACCUGGUCAUGCAUCCGGCUGCCAAAGUGCUUCACUAUGCCGUCGAGCUGUUUGAGGGCAUGAAAGCUUAUCGCGGUGUCGAUGGCAAAAUCCGCAUCUUCCGACCGGACAUGAACAUGAACCGCAUGAAUCUGGCCGCCCAGCGUUCCGGUCUGCCCACCUUUGAGGGCAAGGAAUUCGUACAAUGUCUCUCCCGUCUGCUCUCCAUCGACUCCGAGUGGGUGCCACACACAGAAGCCGCCAGCCUUUACAUUCGUCCCACCUUGAUUGGCAUUGAUCCCACGUUGGGUGUUGCCUCCUCAGACUCGGCGCUACUCUACUCCAUACUCAGCCCAGUGGGCAGUUACUUUAAGACUGGCAGCAAUGGCGCCGUCUCCCUGCUUGCCGAUCCCUCCUACACUCGCGCCUGGCCCGGCGGCGUUGGCAAUCGCAAAAUGGGCUCCAACUAUGCACCCACCAUCAAUGUACAAAAGGAGGCCGCAGCUCGUGGCCUGCAACAGGUGCUCUGGCUUUAUGGCGAGGAUCACCAGCUCACCGAAGUGGGCACCAUGAACAUAUUCAUGUUCUACGUCAACGAUCAAGGAGAACAAGAACUGAUUACACCACCGCUGAAUGGUCUCAUUCUGCCGGGCAUCACUCGCGACUCCAUUCUGGCCAUGACUCGCCAAUGGGGCAAAUUCAAGGUGCGCGAAGGCACCUUCACCAUGCCCAUGGUCUCUGAGCUGCUCAACCAAGGACGCUUAUUGGAGCUGUUCGGCACUGGCACCGCCUGUGUGGUUAGUCCCAUCAAUCGCAUCAACUACUUGGGACAGGAUCUGUAUAUUCCCACCAUGGAGCAGGAGAAGCCGGUGCAUGAACUGAUUCGCGAAACGUUGACCGACAUUCAGUACGGCAAAGUGGAUCAUCCCUGGUCGGUGGUCAUUGACUAAGCAUCCAACUUGUGCCGCACUUGUGUAUUAGUAGGUUAUAGUUUUUAGAGAAGAGGAAUGGAAUUUUUGGAAGUCAGAAGUGGAAGCAUUGAGAGGAGAGUUUCUGGGUUGAAAAAUGUGCUCGAAUUUUUUGUUUGUUGCAUUUAAAUGAAUGUUUGCACAACAUUCGAACUAUACGUAAAACACACAUAUACUAAAAGCUAUAUAUAUUUAUGUAUAGAGCUGCUUACCUAAUUAGCUAUAAGUUAAGGGCCGGGCUUUGCACCCAUGCUAUAUAGUUACUAUAUACAUUUACCUAUCUAUAUACGAUAUAUCAUAUAUCAAUCUAAUUUCUAUUUAUUUAUAUUUGAUGUUUUUUUUUUGAAUAUCACUUUUUUUAUUGUUUCGUUUCGUUUUUGAUUUAUGAGAAAUUUACUUAAUUCAAUUCAAAUCAGAUCAGAGACGUGGAUUUCAUAAAAUUUAUGAAUAACUUUUGCACGCUUUUACUUCCAAUUAGCAAAACGACAAAUAUUGAAACAACAACAAAAUCUAUCAAACAAAAUUCUUUAAAGAAAACCUAAAAAUAAUUUAAUUGCUAACCAAAGUCUUAAGUUCAGGAACUGCCCAAGCAAGAGCAGAUCUAAAAAUCAAAAACAACAAAAAAAUUUAAAAACAAUCAAAAAAAUUACAAAAAAAAAACAAACGCACACACAAAACAAAAAUAAUUUUGGAAACGUACCGGAGGCAAAUGCAUUUAUUA